AUGGCAUGUAUAAAAUAGUUAUCUAAUGCUUUAAAUGAGAAAGCCAGAUGUAUAUUAAAAUAUAAUUUAUUAGGUAUCUUUAACAAUGCUUGCGAACCAGUUAUUGAACUCUCAUCAUUGACUUGCAAUGCUGUAAUAACUAAGCAUGCUUGUUUAGAUAUAACUAAUAUUGAUUAAUUAUGUUUUUGGGACCCAUUAAAAUUUUAAUGUAAUGAAGUUACCAAAGCUAGCUAUUAGAAUGAUUUUGAAGAUGUUUUAUAUAGUGCAUCUGUUUGCAGUAGAAUUGAGAGUAAUAAUUAACACAAAAUUUUAGACUACUUAGUAAUUCAUAGUUCUGUAAUUUGGAAUAUAAUUUCUUAUAAUCCUGAUUUUGUAUCGGAAUCUGAGAAUAUUUAUAAAUAAGAUUUAGGUUUGGGAACAUAAUAAGAUACAAAUAAUUAUGAAACAGGAAAUUUAGCUAAUAAUUUUGUUUAUAAUGUUUGCAAUUAGCCUAACUAAAUAUCUUAUUUUUAAUGGUAUAUUUUGAAUGAUCUUCAAGCAAAAUAAAUAAAAAAUUGUAAAAAUGCGUUAUUAUUUAAUAGUAAAAAUUACUGACAGAAAGCGUGAAGGAUGUAUUGCAUUAUAAAUCACAGACGAUGAUGAUUAUAAUUUAAUAUUUUCAAAAAAGAAAGAAACAAUGGGAGUUAAUAAAAUAUAUUGUAGAUAUUAAGGAGGAAUUUUUAUAAAUUAUCGCUGUUUUUACUAUGAAGAUAUUUCUAUUUUGAGAAAUUCUUAAUUUUUACAAGAACAAUAAAUAAAUUGUUACUAAUUAAAUUUAUAAUAAUGUGCAAUAGUUAAUUUAAACUGUUAUCCAGUAAUUAAGCAUGGUAAUAAUGAAAAAUAAGAAACUUGUGUUUCCUCUUCAAAUGAAUUAUUAAUUGCAUAAGGAUGUUUAUCAAAUACCUAAGUUUACUAGACUCAUCAUUAUUGCAGUUCUAGUUCAAAUUAAUCAACUGGGAUUUAUUUAGAUUUUAAUUUAAAUCCUCCUAGUUGUAGUUCAAAAUGUUUUGUCCUUCAAAAGGAUGAUUGCGAUCUGAGUUAUUGUAAUUGGGUUUAUGAAGGAGAAGGAUUUCAUGGUUGUAUUCCUCAUUUAGGUUGCAAUCAUCCUGGAUUAAAUUUAUAUUAUUGUCAAAAUAUGGCUUAACUUUGCUAAUGGGAUUCAAUAAAUGGAUAUUGUUACUAAAUAAAAUAUUACGAACUUUUCAAUCUUAAAUGUAGUGAAGCUACUUCAAAGUUUUUGUGUGGAAAUAUUAAAACAUUUGGAGAGGAAUGUAUUUGGAUAGAUGAAGACUUAAUUUGUCUAAAUGUAUUAACAAUACCAACUUUAAAAGUAUUUGAAUCCUUUCCUGUAAAAUAUGUAGUUAAUAGAGAAUUAUGUAUGAAUUAAAAAGGAAAGCAUUAAUACAUUAAUUAUUUUUGUAUUAAUGAAUCCAAUUCCAAAAAUUGUGAAAAAGAAGAUCCAGAAAAUUUUGGUAAAGAAUUAUGUAUAACAUCAUCUUAAUGUUAUUGGAAUGUUUAAAUAUCAAAAUGUGAAUAGGUACAAUUAAAAUCUUCAUGCGGUUAAAUGAUAAAUGUUUCUCCUGAUGUUUGUAGUUAAUUUAAUAAUUGCUCAUAUGAUAUAUCUAAAAUUAGUUGUGUCUCACUUUCUAGUUAAAUCUUUUGCACCACUCCUGGAAUUUCUAGAAAUGUUUGUUUAGAUUUAGAAGAUUAAAAUUGUUAAUGGAUUGGAUCUCAAUGUAUUGAAGUCCUACAAUUUAGAGAACCAUGUUAAUCUUAUAGAGCUGUGACAAAAUCAGUUUGUGUUUCUUAAGAAACUCAUAAAUGUUAAUUUGUUUCACAUAAUUGCCAAUUAGUGGAGACAUAACCUCUCAGUUGCUCAGAUUUAUUUAAUAAGUUUGCUUGUUAGGCAAGCUAAGAUUCAUGCUAUUUUACAAAUAGAUGCAAGAGUUUUUAAUAAUUAAAUUAAAAAUGCGAAGGUUUCUUUUUAAGUAAAACUGCAUGUCUAAGUCUAUCAACUUUUGGAGAAUAAUGUAUUUGGAAGAAUGACUAAUGUAUGUAUAUAACUGAAGAAUUAAAUUGUUUAUCAGUUUUACCAAUUAAUGUUUGGGGUUGUAUUAGCAUAUCAGCUAAAACUUAAGGUUAUCUUAGUCCAUAAUAUUAUUGUUAAUAUAAUUAAGCUACUCAGACUUGCUUUUCGUCAACAUCAAUUAUUACAGGUUGUUUAGGAUAGUCAAACUUUAAUAUUCAUAGGUGUAGUGCCCAAACAACAGGUAAUUGCAUUUAUAAAAAUUAUAAAUGUGUUUCUAUUGACAUAAAUCAUAAAUAUUGGGAUAUAUAACUUGGUACAAUAAAUUGUGAGUAAGCUAAUUUAUAAACUUGUCAAUAUGUAAAAGGAAGAAUUUGCUAAACAAUUAACUAAACAUGGAAUUCUUUUAAUGAUGUUCGUUGUGGUGAAGUUACAACAGGUAAAAUACCAUGCUCAUUAGAAACACUUGAUUACGAAAGUACUUUCAAUUAUUUUUAAACAAUUAAAUCACAAUUUACUCCUUAAGUUUGUGCAUAAUUAGAAGGUUUACUUCCUAAACCAUGCUAUUGGGAUUCAAUUAAUAAAGAGUGUGCCUAUCCUCUACCAACUUUACGUUUUACUUGCAAUUCUUUGGGAAUCAAUAGAUCAGUAUGUUUAAGUUAAACAUAUGGUUAAUGUGCUUUUGUUAAUUUUUUAUGCAUUGAAGCCUCAUUAAAAGAUGAAAGUUGUGUAAAUCUUAACAAAUGGGCUUGUUUGAAUUCAAGCAAAAAUUGUGUUCAAUAGAAUAUCAAGCCAUACAACGUUUGUUAAGAUAGAAGAAUAGAUUUGACUUUGACUUGCACAAAUUAAGAUUAUCAAAGUUGUUCCUUAUUAGAAGAUUGCUAUGCAAUUCAAUUUAAAUGUUAUAGUCUAUUACCAGCUUAGGUUUCACCUACAAAUUGUCAUACUCCUCAAAUUGGUAAAUCCGUUUGUCUAAAAUCUUCUAUGUAUUGUUAAUUCUUUAAUUCGAAAUGUUAGACUGUAUCAUAUAAUAAAUGUGAGUAUUUAUUAAACUUGGAAUCAUGUGCAAAUAAUUUAUUUUAUAACUGUGUAUUUUUAAAUAAUAAAUGCUAUACGCAAAAUUAUUUAAUUAAAUGUGACAUAUAUGAAUCUACAAAUUAUAAUUUUUGUAGGCAAUUUUAAAAUUGUAAAUACAAUUUUGAAAAGAUGAAUUGUGUUGAUUUAAACACACUUAAAGACGUUUAAAACAAUCAAGUAAAUUAUGAUUAAAAAGAUUGUAAUGUAUUUGAAAAUUAAUUUGAUUGUUUGAGUUAAUGGUAAUUAAUUUGUAAAUAUUCAAAAAAUUCAGGAUGUGCGAAUACGAAUGAUAAUCCAAGUGAAUGUCCACAUUUAUAAUAAUAUAGUAAAAUUAUGUGUUAGAAAUAUGAAAAUUGUGAAUUUUAAUUUGGAUAUUUUUGCAUAGAUAAAACCAAAAANAUUAUUUCUCCAGUCCCAAAACAAUCAUUAGAUGAAUACUAUUGUUCUUAUAAAAUUCCUGAUAGGCUUUGUACUUCUAUUGUAUCCUCUACAACCAUUGCAGCAUGUGGAAAUGCUAAUUUAAUAUUAAAUUAAUAAAGUUGUUCAUAGCAAACGCUUGGAAAUUGUAUAUUUUUUGAUUAAAAAUGUAAAGUUGAACCUUCUGAUUCAUAAUCAAAUAGAUAUUGGAAUCAUCUUUUAAAAAAAAUAGAUUGCGAAUAGGCUAAUAAAAAUACAUGUUCAAAACUUAAAAACAGUUUAUGUUAAGUCACUUCAAAUUUUUGUUAAAAAGUAAUUGAUCCAAAAUUAGCUUGCUUAUUUCCAGCAAACAUUGUAACCUACAACCCUAUCUAAUAUUGUGCUAAUUCUAUUUAUAAUGAUAAUACAUUUUCUGCUGAAGUUCGAUGUAAAAUCAACACAGCUUAGACUAAUUGUGAAGUUCCUUCAAACACUAGUUAUUAUGCAUGUGAUGAACCAGGAAUAAAUAAAAUAAUCUGUUUUGAAGCUACCUACGGCUAAUGUGCUUUUAUCAAUGGAAAAUGCACAUCUGACCUAUCUAAAGUAACUUCUUGUAAGGAACUGAAUAAACUAGCUUGCUUAAACACAAAUUUAUAAUGUGGCUAUUUUACCAAAAACUGUAUAUAAAAUGGUUCUACACCAUUAUGUCCUGCUGAAAUUAAAAAUAAUUCAUGGUUUUUAUGUUCAAGCAUGGAGAAAUGUUAUGGCAUUUUAGGUGGUUGUAAAUAGAUCUCAACAUCAAAUACAAUUCAUCUAAAUUGUGAGAAUCCAGGUCUAGGAAAAAGUGUUUGUGAGUAAUCAUUACAGAAUUGUGUAUUUAUUAAUGGUGUUUGUAAGAGAAUUUCAAAUAAAUAAUGUGAAUAUGAAUAUACAAAAGAAGACUGUGUUAACAAUCUAUAUUAUAAUUGUGUGUUUAAUGAAGGAAAAUGCUAUACAUAAAAUUUAUUAGUUAAAUGCGAUAAAUAUAAUUUUACAAAUUAUAAAUUCUGCAGAUAAUUUCCUUAAUGUCAAUAUAUACAUAACUAAUGUAAAGAUUUCACUUUGCUAAGCCAAGUAUAAAAUGAUAUGAUUCAAUAUAAUAAAGAUUGUAAUGUAUUUGAAAAUUAAUUUGAUUGUUUGAGUUAAUGGUAAUUAAUUUGUAAAUAUUCAAAAAAUUCAGGAUGUGCGAAUACGAAUGAUAAUCCAAGUGAAUGUCCACAUUUAUAAUAAUAUAGUAAAAUUAUGUGUUAGAAAUAUGAAAAUUGUGAAUUUUAAUUUGGAUAUUUUUGCAUAGAUAAAACCAAAAGUUUAAAUUGUUCUUAAUUAUCUGAAUCUUUGUGUUUAUAAGAUAUUUCAGAUAAUUUAGCUUGUUAUUGGGAUGGCACGGAUUGUUAAGAUGUAACAACUUAAAUAUGUUCUGAUGUUUAAUCUUUUACUAUGAAUUAUGCUGGAUGUUAUAAAAUUAGUAAUUAAGAUUCUAAAAAAUGUAUGUAUCAAUUUUUUACUUCAAAAUGUAAAAUUCUAAAAGAAAUAAAUAAUUGUUCUGAUUUCACAACUAAUAUUGAAUGUGCAACUAGAGCUAAUGCCUCUUGUUUAUUAGGAAAUCCAAUUGAUACAGUUACUACUUGUACUUCAAUUUCUAAUACUUUUAAUAUUAAUUUAAAUUUAUAUGGAUGCAUGCAAUUAACUACAAAUGCUUAUUAUUAUGAUAUUUAUAAUUAUCAAUGUAAAUUACUUGAUUAAGCCAAUUAUGAAAAUGUUCAAGGAUGCCGUUAUUUAAAUAAAAAAGCUUGUAUUGAAAUAACAAGUGUGAUAUUAAAUAUUAACUGUGGAUGGAUAGACNAAAAAUAAUUCAUGGUUUUUAUGUUCAAGCAUGGAGAAAUGUUAUGGCAUUUUAGGUGGUUGUAAAUAGAUCUCAACAUCAAAUACAAUUCAUCUAAAUUGUGAGAAUCCAGGUCUAGGAAAAAGUGUUUGUGAGUAAUCAUUACAGAAUUGUGUAUUUAUUAAUGGUGUUUGUAAGAGAAUUUCAAAUAAAUAAUGUGAAUAUGAAUAUACAAAAGAAGACUGUGUUAACAAUCUAUAUUAUAAUUGUGUGUUUAAUGAAGGAAAAUGCUAUACAUAAAAUUUAUUAGUUAAAUGCGAUAAAUAUAAUUUUACAAAUUAUAAAUUCUGCAGAUAAUUUCCUUAAUGUCAAUAUAUACAUAACUAAUGUAAAGAUUUCACUUUGCUAAGCCAAGUAUAAAAUGAUAUGAUUCAAUAUAAUAAAGAUUGUAAUGUAUUUGAAAAUUAAUUUGAUUGUUUGAGUUAAUGGUAAUUAAUUUGUAAAUAUUCAAAAAAUUCAGGAUGUGCGAAUACGAAUGAUAAUCCAAGUGAAUGUCCACAUUUAUAAUAAUAUAGUAAAAUUAUGUGUUAGAAAUAUGAAAAUUGUGAAUUUUAAUUUGGAUAUUUUUGCAUAGAUAAAACCAAAAAUUUAAAUUGUUCUUAAUUAUCUGAAUCUUUGUGUUUAUAAGAUAUUUCAGAUAAUUUAGCUUGUUAUUGGGAUGGCACGGAUUGUUAAGAUGUAACAACUUAAAUAUGUUCUGAUGUUUAAUCUUUUACUAUGAAUUAUGCUGGAUGUUAUAAAAUUAGUAAUUAAGAUUCUAAAAAAUGUAUGUAUCAAUUUUUUACUUCAAAAUGUAAAAUUCUAAAAGAAAUAAAUAAUUGUUCUGAUUUCACAACUAAUAUUGAAUGUGCAACUAGAGCUAAUGCCUCUUGUUUAUUAGGAAAUCCAAUUGAUACAGUUACUACUUGUACUUCAAUUUCUAAUACUUUUAAUAUUAAUUUAAAUUUAUAUGGAUGCAUGCAAUUAACUACAAAUGCUUAUUAUUAUGAUAUUUAUAAUUAUCAAUGUAAAUUACUUGAUUAAGCCAAUUAUGAAAAUGUUCAAGGAUGCCGUUAUUUAAAUAAAAAAGCUUGUAUUGAAAUAACAAGUGUGAUAUUAAAUAUUAACUGUGGAUGGAUAGACGAUGAAUGUUAGCAAUUAAUUGAUCUAACAAAUUUAAAUGAUUGCAGUGUUUUAAAUAAAAAUAGUUGCAUUAAUAUAGAAACUACAAAUCUUGUAUGUGAAUGGAAUAUCGCAAGUAAAUUAUGUUACCAAUCAAAUUAAAAUGCUUGUUAUGUACCUGUAAUAAUUCCUGAAAAUCAAACAAUUUUAGAUAUAUAUUCUUUAAGCUUGUGUAGUAAAGGAUCAAAUACUAAUGGAUGUAUGUCUAAUUCCUCAAAUACUGGAUGUGUUACAUUUAAUUAUGAAAUUGAAAUUUGUGAAAAUAUGGGAUUAAAUAAAAAAGCCUGUUUAGAAUAUACUACUGGAUACUGUAAAUGGUAAAAUAAUUAAUGUUAAAAUUCUUAAUUUGAUAAUUUAAAUUGCAAUUCUGAAGUUAAUAAAAAUACAUGUCUAAUUAUUAAUGAUAAUCUAUGUGAAUGGAAUGAUGUAAACAAAACUUGUUCCAUUAAAACUUUAAUUCAAUGUACUGAUGCUAUUAAUUAUAAUUAAUGUAUGAAUGUACCUAAUUAAUUAUGUGAAUAUACUGAUUCCAAGUGUAUUACACUUGAAGUAAUAUAACCAACUUGUAAAAAUGGAUAUAAUAAAUUUGCUUGCAAAAAUGUUUAAGAAGCUGUAUGCUAAUUUAAUGAAUAAAAAUGUUCUAUCUUAUAUUAUGUUGACAUUUGGACAAUUUGUUCUUAAUAUGUCACAAAAGCACUUUGUGAGUCCAAGAAUUGUGAAUGGGAAAAUCAAAAAUGUAUUUCCAUUACAAUUUGUUCUAAUGAUAUACCUAAAAUGAUGAUAGAUGAUUUCCCUUAUAAAUUGAAUUUAUGCACUCUUUAUUAACCUUAAGCUUGCAUCUAAAUUUACAAUAAAUAUGGAUGUUUUAAUUCAAGCUUAUAUUGUUAAUGGAAUGAUAAUACAGGAUGUUCUUCUUUUGUAACACAUCUCGAAGAAAUUGCAUGCACUGAUACUUUAAAGGUUAAUAGAAAUGUUUGCGAUAAAUUUGCUCCAAAAUUUUGUGAAUUCAAAAUUGACAGUUGUUCACCUCGUAUCACUGAUUACUAUUUUAAUAAAUAUCCAUAAUAAACUCUAGCAAGCACAGAAAUAAGUCAUCAAAUUGAAUAGUAAACCUGUGAUUAAUACCUAACAAAAAAAGAAUGUAUUUUAUCAACUGCAUAUGAAUGUUAUUGGAAUGGUUCUUGCCAAUAAAUAAGUUAUGAAUAAGCUGUGGAAUCAUAAAAUUUAAAUUUAAAAGGAUGUAAAAAGUUCAAUUUUUAAUGGAGAGAUAGAUAAUGCCUUUAAUUUACUUAUGUAUCUAAUUCUAAUGAUUAUUUGGAUAAUGAUAUUAAAUUAUGUGAAACAGAGUUUAUUUCAAAAUAAACAUGCUUAAAUAUUUCAGCUUAACCUUGUAGAUUUGAUACUAAUUCUUAAAAAUGCAAGAUUGUUAUUAAAUUAGAUUAACCUUGUUCUUUUUAUUCAAAUGUAAAUAGAAGAACUUGUUAAUUAUUAACCAAAUUUUCAUGCAAUUAUAAUUAAUAUGCAUAAUCAUGUAUAACUGCUGAGAAUUUUUAAACAGAUUUGAAUGGACUUUCUAAAUAAGCUUGUUUAUCUCUUUCGAUUGCUGCUUAUUGGGAUGAUUUUUGUAUUUCUGUUUCAAUAUUUGAAUGUAAUCAAAAAUAUUAGAGUACUUCAUCUGCAUGUGUUUUAUCCUAAACUUCAUGUAUUUAUGAUGAAACCAAAAGUUUAUGUGUUUCUUAAUUUAAUAUUAAUGCAGUAUUUUGUAAUACUUUAGGAGUAAGUAGUGAAACUUGUACAUAAAUAACCAGAGAACCUUGUAUAUUCACAUCAAAUAAAUGUUAAAGAAUACCAAAAACCUAUUCUUGCGAUGAAGCUCAACCAGUAAAUGAAAUGGCUUGUGCCUCGCUUUAACAGUCAUGUUCAUAUAAUUAAUUCUAAAAAAAAUGUUAAUUAGUAUCAAAUAGUCAAAAAUGCUCUACCCUAGGACUUUCAAAAAAAGCAUGUUUAUAAAAUACAUCCUGCUAAUUUAAUAAUGAUUUAAUAAAAUGUGAAUGCUCUAUUGUUGCUUCACCUUAAAUUUGCAGUUAUCUCUCAAGUAAUAGUUGUAAUUUAAAUAAACAAUGCUUUUUUGAUAACAAAUUGCAAACUUGUAGAAGAAAGUAUUGUGAAGAUCUUUCAAAAAGUGAAUGUUAUGGACAAAUGGAUAAUUUGAUUUGUUAUUAUACAGGUAUAUCUUGUUAAUCAGCUAGUAAAUGUGAAGAUAUUUUUGGGCUUAGUUCCUCUUAAUGUUAAGAUUUUAUUUUUAAUGCAAUACCUUGUAUAGGAACAAAUAAUAGAUGUUUCACUUACAACAAUUAUUUAGAAUACUGUUAAAAUUCUGAUUGCAAAUAAAGUUUUUGUAGUUUAAAUGAGAAGAAAAUUUGCUCAGUUAAGUAAUGUUCAGCCCUUGAUAAUUGCCAUCAAUUAGGUAUCUAAUGUUAAAUUUUGAGUAAUGGAACUUGUAUUGAAAAUUAAAGUUGUUAAUUCUUAGAUCCUGGAAUUUGUGAUGGAUUAACAAUUCGUACUCAAGCCAAAUGUUCUCUUUAAAAAUAUAAUAUUUAUUAAGAUGAUGUUUUAUGUACAUCUCAAAUUUGUGCGUUAUAUGGAAUUUCAGAGUUAUGUGAAGGUAAUCAAUUUGCCAAUUACACAUGUACAUUAGUUGAUCAAAAAUGUUUACCUUGUGAAUAAAUUAAUGAUCCUUGUUAAUGUACUGAGAAAACGGAAAUUUGUAUAUGGAAAUAAAAUACUUGUCGCUCUUUUUAAUGUAAUGAAUUGAAAACUUAAGAAUCAUGCAAUGCUAUAUCAAGAUGCCUUUGGAGUUCCUAAAAUAAAUAAUGUUUAAUCCAUUGUAGGAAAAUUAUAAAUGCUGAUGAAUGUAAUUCCAGAACUCAAGAAUGUUAUUAUGAUCAAGCAAUUAAUUACUGCUAAACUGGUUCUUAUUUAUCUCCAAACCUUAGUAUAUCUAUCUAAAUAUCUGCAUUACAUUAAUUUAUCCUUUUAAUUCUUCCAGUAUAUUUUGCUGCAAUUAUUUGA